AGUAUCUAUCAGGAUCAUAUACAGAUUGAAGUGUUCGUGUAUGACACAACCAUGAAGGACAUGUGGUCACUGAUGGUGUUCGUCUUUCUGGCCGGGAACGUCAUGGCCUCCACAACCACCUAUCGGUUUUUAAAUGACUGUGAUUUCCACCUCCACACCCUGGGCGACAGUGAUGCAGCUUUAGUGAGAUUUACAGGCUACCGACUUCCGAGUUCAAACUGCAGCAUUGGCUUCCAGAGUAUAAGCACGGCACACUCUGUCUGUGUGGUCAGUCGACCACCUUUCACCCUGAACGUGUUUGGACCGACCCUUAUACUAUCGCAGGGGGAUGGACAGGUGAACAGCAAAAUUUACAACUCCCUGUUAAUCAACCCUCCGUCGCGUUACUGUACGUCUGGAGGACGUUACCUGAACAUCGCAUUAGAUAACGCCAAUACCGGAUCGUCCACGUCCAGGGACCGAGGAUACUUCACACUUCAGGUCACAGUGCUCCAGCACUCGCCUCCAUCCCCAACCCCUGGUCAUAGUGAUCUAUUUAAAGACAACUGCGAUUUCCGGCUUCACACCCUGGGUAAAAAUGAUGUCGGUACGGUGAGAUUUAGCGGUGCGAGACUCCCGCGUUUACACUGCAGUAUUGGCUUCCAGAGUCAGUCUACCGCGCACUCGGUAUGCGUGGUCAGUCAGCCCCCUUUCACCCUGAAUGUGUUUGGACCGAGGCUCACCCUGUCACAGGGUAAUGGACAGGUAUACAGCAAGUCUUAUACCUUCCUGUCAAUCGUCGCUCCGUCGCGUUACUGUACGUCUGGAGGACGUUACCUGAACAUCGCAUUAGAUAACGCCAAUACCGGAUCGUCCACGUCCAGGGACCGAGGUUACUUCACACUUCAGGUCUCCGUGGAAAAAACCCAACCAUCUCCUUCUAGUGAUGAAAUUUUGGAAAACAAAUUGAAGAGACUCUAA